AUGGACCCCUUAAAUCAAUUGAAAGAUAUCCUCCACGGCCAUGGGCUGGAUAACCAGGUGGCAAUAGAGGACCUGUGGAGGCUUUUCGAAAGCAUCCCGCAAGCUAGAACGCAGUCGCAACCUAACACGGUGCCUCAACAGGAGAGUGGCAGCCAUCGAUCUGCGGCUCCACGACGUCAACGGUUCAUUGCUGGACAUACACUUCGAUUCACCCCAGAGUAUGCACGGAUACGUGUUAACCCAUCAAAAGGAUGGGACUUUAGUGGACCUUCGGGGCCGGCUCCUCCUCCCAGGCCGGCUGAACACCAUGCUGCGCCCCUCAAAGUUGGCAUCUCUAUCGAUGGCCUGGCUCCCCUUAGCGUUGUGCCGUCAGGAACAGGAACAGUGAUUCAGUUUAACAACGCAAACGAGCCGGUAUACCUUCACUUAACCGUUGAAGCGCCGGGAUACCAACUUCGCGAUAGUCUUGGCCGGAUAGUGUUCAACCAAUAUGUUCGAUUUGAUCCUCAGUAUAAUAGCGAAAAUGCGCUGCUUCAGGCAGCCCAACUUCAGCGAGCCGAAGAACUCGAGGUCAACACUCAGCUGUGGAAUGAAUUCACAGUACAGAUGCGAAAUUGGCGAAUUGCACAUCGGAAUCUCGCUAUUUUCCCUCCUGAUAUCACAAGAGCUAAAUUACAGGCCGCCUUUGAGCAUUUGCUCCGGGAAAAUGAGCGGGAUCGAGCGGGUUGGAUUGAGCCAGACUGUAUCGGUCGCCCGUUUCCCACGUCCAUGGACCCCUUGCCCACUGUCCCUCAGUCUCAAAGCCAACGCCCACGCAGCGCGCACAGCACAACUGAACGGGCACCGGUCCCCGAAGCUCGCAAUCCGAGAUAA